AUGGCUGAUGCCUGCGACACUGGAAAUGGCUAUGAUGGCCGCAUGGGCCUACGCAUUUCCUCCAUCUUCGUCAUCCUAGUUGGCUCUAUUUUCGGCGCGGUCUUCCCUGUGUAUGCGCGACGACUGGGCAGCAAUGGAGUGCCGUCAUGGAUGUUUUUUAUCGCGAAAUACUUCGGCUCCGGGGUUAUCAUCGCGACUGCUUUCAUUCACCUGCUCGCCCCCGCUGAGGAGGCCCUGACUAACCCGUGUCUCACGGGCCCGAUCACUGAGUAUAGCUGGGUUGAGGGGAUUGUUCUGAUGACUAUUGUUGUCAUGUUCUUUGUCGAGCUCAUGGUCAUGCGUUACUCCUUUGGUGACGGCCAUGGACAUUCACACUCGGACUCUCAUACCCACUCCCACUCGGACGAGACAAAUUGUUCUCAAGAGACACAAGCACAGAACCCUCCUAUCCUCAACGACUCUAAAGGUCAUAUCCCCGGCAACGAUCAUCUCAGUCAUAGCCGCGAUCACCGCGACCUUGAGUCCGUCAAAGAUGCUGAACUGUCCGCCGAAGAAUAUGCAGCGCAACUAACUGCCGUCUUCAUCCUGGAGUUCGGCAUCAUCUUCCACUCCGUCUUUGUUGGGCUGACACUUGCCGUGGCCGGUGACGACUUUACCACCCUCUACGUCGUGCUUGUCUUCCACCAGACCUUCGAGGGGCUUGGUUUAGGUUCUCGUCUGGCGACUCUCCCGUGGCCCGACCGAAAGCGGUUUACGCCUUACUUGCUGGGUUUUGCCUACGCGGUUUCCACGCCUAUUGCAAUUGCGAUCGGACUCGGUGUGCGCCAGUCAUACCCGCCUAAUGGUCGCACGACGUUGAUUGUCAACGGGGUGUUUGACUCGAUCUCGGCGGGGAUUCUUAUUUACACUGCGCUCGUCGAGCUGAUGGCGCAUGAAUUCAUGUUCAGCUCGUCUAUGCGCCGGGCUCCCCUGAGGACCGUCCUCUGGGCUUUUGUUUUAAUUUGCUUGGGUGCGGGGCUGAUGGCGUUGCUAGGAAAGUGGGCAUAA